UGGCGUCAGAUCUGUGUUGCCACGCGCUGUGGCGUGAUUUUCAGUCUGAAAGCGUCAAACGCAGAUAAUAUGCUCCUGAUUCUGGCCUUUCGUGAAGCGGCAGAUUCAUGCGUUUGGAAUCUUUGCAGCUUUAUUGACGUCCACGCGUUUAUUACAUUGUAUCAUUGUGGUCCGAUGACGUCAGCGCGCGUUUGUUUGUUUCUUUUCGCGCGUCUGCGGCCCCGUUUGUUUAUUCGCGUCUCCAAGAAGAAUUUUGUUUGAUCGCUUCUGUAUGCCUGUGUAGUUUCAAAUCUUUUGAUGAGGACCAGAACGGAGACACUGAGUUUUCUGCCAUGUCAGACAGCGACCCGUGUGAAGACGACAGUUACCCUCUCAACCUGUCCACCAGCGGCAGAAGAAGUGGGUCUGCAGCCAAACGCCGCCGUCGAGGAAACCUCCCCAAAGAAUCUGUCCAGGUUCUGAGGGACUGGCUGUACCAGCAUCGCUUCAACGCUUAUCCUUCAGAGCAGGAGAAGCUGAGUCUGUCUGGGCAGACACAUCUGUCUGUGUCACAGAUCUGUAACUGGUUCAUAAAUGCCCGCCGGAGGCUCCUGCCGGACCUGCUGAGAAAAGAUGGCAAAGACCCCACUCAGUUUACAAUGUCACGACGCACCUGCAAACCAGACAGAUCUGCCUCACCGGAAUGUCCCGCCUCUUCGACCCGCCCCUCUGUCAUCUGCCCCGCCCCCACAUUGGACUUGAGACUGCUGGGUAACACUGCAACGGCAAUUUUGGCUGGAGCCGGUUGCUUGCCAUCAUCGGGAAACAGAGAUGGCAGUGUUCAGGCUCUGAUGCAGCUGGACACUCGAGGUUUACUGAGAUGGGAAGGUCUGACCGGAGACCAGCACCUGACAACCAUACCAUAUGCUUCUACCUCUGUCCCAACCCUAGGAGCGGUGAGCCCGACUGGGCUCCUGUUUAACACACCUCCACCUACCCCACCGGAGCUUUGCCCUCAAGAUUUCAGCGAUCUGAAGCUUCUGGUGGAUGCGGCUCUGCAGCGAGCAGCCGAGCAAGAAAUCAGUCAGCAGAAAGAACAAACGAUGCAACCUCAAACAAAUGGACCUGCAAAUGAAAGUUCAAGAGCGCUCGUCCAGAAUGGUGAUUCGGAGACUCCUUCAAGGGACAAAUCCGAUGCUGCACCGAGCUUGACGGAGAGCUCAGUAUUACCCGUAUCGGUUCCUAUCACGAGCCACUCUUUUUCAGGCCCUCACAUUGAUCUGAACACGGCUGGUGCCUCCGAUGCAGAAUCUGGAAGCUUUGUGUGGAGCGUUCGACAACCUGCUCGACCUGCGAAUGUAGUUUCACACACAUGGGUUUCGCAGUACACAUGCAAUACGAUCACAGAAGCGGUAAACUAAAAACUCAAGCAGACCAACUCACUUUAGACUCCAUUUGUUUGCUUAUUUUUGUUGGAAGACUCGGGAGCAGAUGUAAACCUGCCUCCCCAAAUGGUUGUCAUAGAUCCCAAAUGGAUGUUGCUAGGUACCCAGAGAGGCUCUUCACUGAAAUUCACUUUGGGAGAUUCAGGAGUAAAGCUUCUCUACACCUCAAUGCAUUUUUAAGACAUUUUAAAAGUUCUUAAACCAAAACUUUUUUUUCUUUUUUUGUAUACUACAUCUUCAAAAAUAAUCCAGCAUUCAGACUCCGAGACCAGGUGGAGGUCCGUUCAGGUGAAAAUAUUAACCAUGUGCAAACACCAGCAAACCUGCGCAACUCAGGUUUACAGUCAAGAGAUUUUCAUUUGAAAAAUUUGUAGUUGAAGUGGCCUUUCAUUGUUUUUGAUAAAGAAGCUUCACAUGUGCUCGUUUCCCUCAGUAUAUCCAUUAGGGUUAGACAUCUGUGUGUCGUAUAGCAUGCUUUACUUAUCUGUAGUGAUCUAUGAAUGCAAAGACCAGCAUGCAGCAUUUAAAUGUCAGCAUUUAGCAUCCAAAUGCGCUCUUUGAUUUAAUAAUAUGCUCAGAUUUUUGCCUGAGAGCCACUGCUGAUGAAGCAUCUACUUCUACAAUCUCAACAUUGAAAGUCUUUCCUAGUAGUGUGAUUUUUGUAAUUUCCUGCACUUUAUAGUCCAAUUUCACCUCCUCGUCAGUAUGUCAGGAUCGUCCAUCCCGUCUCAGAUUAAGAUCCGAGUGCUCUCGUGACGUGUGCUUUAAGAAAUUGAUCGCACUGCAGAGAUCAUCCCUCACGUCUCGUGUCUGUCUGAGAUGCGGGAGGGAGGUCGUCUCAAAGACAGCCGGCAUUGAUUUCCUUCACUUCUCAUGUAAUGUGAUCAUUUUUUUGCUGAAAUGAUUAUGGUUCUUACAGUGUUAGGUGGAGUUGAUGAUCAGCGUUAAUAAUUGUUUAACAUAUUAUUAACACGUGUAGUUUUAUUUUUGAUUCUAAAAUUGUUUCAUACAUUUCCAAGGUGAAUUUAAAGUCUGUUCGUACCUCUCCGAGAUGAACUGAAGUGCUUCUUUCUCGCUCCUCAUCUGUGAAUGUAUUUAGAGAACUAACAUAUAUUAUUUAGAAAACCUGAUUUCGUGAGAUUAGUCUCUUUCUCUUUUUGGACACUAGAGGAUCUAGAUGCAUUAUGAUUUUAUGCUUGUAGUUUCCAUGAAACUGAGGACAGAUUAGUCUUUAUAGUAAUGAUCUUAUGUUGCGGUUCACAUCAUUUCAGUUUAUUCACUCACAAACGUGCCAAUAUUCUGAUUAGUUUUUAUCGUGCUGCUUAAAUGCUCACUGAGGUCACGUCUGUAGUACUGUACAUUUUUCUUGUUUUUCAGUGCGUCUCAGGUUUUUCUAUUCUAGUUUUUGAUCGACUUUUCUGUCUCGGUUUGGAGUCAUUUUAUUUCCUUCUCUGACAUCACAAAGGGAGUUUUUAAUAAAAUUCUAAAAGGUGCAUUUUUUUUUAAGCCACGUUUGAGUUGAUUAUGAGAAACCGACUGUCAUUGUGUAGCAUCACAAACUGUACUACAGAUCUAAUUAACAAACACUUCAAAACCACUGAGAUCGAUGGUUUAGUUACUGAAACAGUGAUGGGUACUGGAAGUAACUCUAGUCUAUAUAUUUCCUAUAAUGUACUCUAUUUUUUCACCUAUUCAGAAAGACCAAUAUUAAUAUUCCUGGAACUGUAUUAUUGAUGUUCUUAUUGUUACAAUGGUCUUCUGGAUGACAAUGUGAAACAUGUAAAUAUAUCAUUCAGGUUUUUGUCUCCCAUAGAUCUGUUUUUAAUGUGUGUGUGUGCAUAUACAUCAAAAAUGCAUCGCUCUCUCCUGUUUGACAAAUGGGUUCUUUUUUUUUUCUUUUUUUUUAAGAUUGUAUGUGUAACUGAGGGCAGUAAAGCUGGCAUUUGUGCCUUACAUGCUUCCUUAGAUAAUCUUUGGACUAGUCUGUGCAAUAUCUGCCUUAAGAUUUUAUUUGAUGUCUUUUUAUACAAGCAUUACAGAGAAAUAAAGCUUCUUUUUUUCGUA